GAGCCGCAGCGGGCACGCGCAUCACCGUGCUAAAGACGCCGGUGGAGGGCGUGACGAACCGGCACGAGAGAGACGAGCAGCGGGGCGCGAGACGAAGAAGUAACCGCAGACAUUGAUCGGGAUUUGACAGGAGCAGACCGGGUCUCGAGCCGCGGACGGGAGAGAGAGAAAACAUCUGGUGAGAGCUUUCGGAACAUGUGGAGAGACGCGCUCCCUGGAAGAGGAAAGUAGCGACGCUUCUCGCACGCAGACCCCAUCGUCAUGUCGCUGAACGGUAAGAGCCUCGAGCUGGAGCACUUUGACGAGCGGGACAAGGUGCGACGGGGCCGCUCCACGCGCACCAAGAGAGAUGAGUCGUCCGGCCCGGGGUCUCGAGGCAGCAGCCUGGUCCCGAGCCCCGCGCACAGCGCCAACUGCAGCUACUACCGAACGCGCACCCUGCAGGCGCUCACGUCGGAGAAACGGGCCAAGAAGGUCCGCUUCUACCGGAACGGGGACCGAUACUUCAAGGGUCUCGUUUACGCUGUCUCCAGCGACCGCUUCCGUUCAUAUGACGCGCUGCUCAUGGAGCUCACGCGCUCCCUGGCGGACAACCUGCACCUCCCGCAGGGCGUGCGUACCAUCUACACCGCGGACGGAAGUAAGAAGAUAACGAGCAUGGACGAGCUGAUUGAAGGAGAGUGCUACGUGUGUGCGUCCAACGAGACCUACAAGAAGGUCGACUACACCAAGAUCUCCACCCUCAGCUGGAAGCCCGGCGCCGCCUCCGCCGCCGCCAACAACAACCCCGGCGCCGCCGCUGGCGUGGCGGUCAGCGCUCCGGGGUCCGCGCGGUCUAGAGGGGAGAGAGGGGAGAGCCGGGAGAGUAAAGACUUCAUCAAGCCCAAGCUGGUGACGGUCAUUCGCAGCGGGGUGAAGCCCCGCAAGGCGGUCCGUAUCCUGCUCAACAAGAAGACGGCUCACUCCUUCCAGCAGGUCCUGGCUGACAUCACCCAGGCCAUCAAACUGGACUCUGGAGCGGUGAAGAGGCUCUACACACUGGACGGGAAACAGGUGACGUGUCUGCAGGAUUUCUUCGGGGAGGACGAUGUGUUCAUGGCGUGCGGACCCGAGAAGUUCCGCUACGCUCAGGACGACUUCGUUCUCACGCACGGCGGCAAACCGGCCCCCUUCGUCAGUGAUUCGAAGACCAAGGUGUCUAAACCACCGGUCCCUCAGAAGACUACAGCUCCCAGAAGCCUCAGCGGCACCUCCUCAAAGACUCCGCCUAGGACCCCACCCAGGACCAAGUCCCCUGGCCCUUCCACUGAGUUGUCAGGAUCCCAGUUGACCGGUAGGUCAUCCAGGACUAGCCCCUCCCCCACCAGCCCACGACCUAACCUGAAGAUUGCCCCUUACUCCUCCUCUUCCGAUGUCAACGGUGCGGCCAUUCAAGCGGGCGCCACCAGCCCAGAAGUGAACGGUAACCGGAGUCUGGCGUCCUCCAUCAUUGGAGAGAAGUACUGUGUGGGGAAGGUGAUCGGGGACGGGAACUUUGCUGUGGUCAAGGAGUGUGUGGAGAGGUCCACAGGCCAGGAGUACGCCCUGAAGAUCAUAGACAAAGCUCGCUGCAGUGGAAAGGAGCACCUGAUAGAGAAUGAGGUGGCGGUCCUGAGGAGAGUCAGACACCCCAGCAUCAUCCAGCUGAUGGAGGUGGACGACACCCCCACCCACCUCUACCUUGUGAUGGAGUUGGUCAAGGGGGGAGACCUGUUUGAUGCGAUCACCUCCUCCACUAAGUACUCAGAGAGGGACUCCAGUGCCAUGGUGUACAACCUGUCAGGAGCCGUGCAGUACCUGCACCACCUCAACAUCGUGCACCGGGACAUCAAGCCUGAGAACCUGCUGGUUUGUGAGUACCCAGACGGGACCAAGUCUCUGAAGCUGGGGGACUUUGGUCUAGCCACGGUGGUGGAGGGCCCCCUCUUCACCGUGUGUGGGACCCCCACGUACGUGGCCCCCGAGAUCAUCGCAGAGACGGGCUAUGGUCUCAAGGUGGACAUCUGGGCAGAAGGAGUGAUCACCUACAUCCUUCUCUGUGGCUUCCCGCCCUUCCGAAGCGAGAGUAACAUCCAGGAGGAGUUAUUUGAUCAGAUUCUCAAGGGAAAGUUGGAGUAUCCUUCUCCAGACUGGGACAACAUCAGCCUUCCAGCCAAGAUGCUGAUAAGUCAAAUGCUGCAGGUGAACGUGGACGCUCGAUACACUGCUGAGGAGGUGCUGUCCCACCCAUGGGUGACAGAUGAAGGGCCUUCAGACAGUAACGCCGAGGUCAGCUCAGAGAAGGACCAGGACGAAGCAGCUCCAGAAGCAUCGCAAGAACCUCCACAACCUUCUGACCUGGACAACCAAAACGUCCUAGACACGCCCCCCCACACACAAGAACCUUGCCCCGACACACCUACACCAUAAGACACGCCCCCUGGCCCACCUACACUCUAGGACAUGGCAACAACAAGACAUGCCUCCUAACACGUCCCCCUCCACACCGGAAACAGCACAAUACGCAACACAAUAAGACAAGCCCCGUAACACACUUACGCACUAAGACACGUACCCUAACACUACUACACACUAACACAGGAUCCCUAACGCACGUACACACUAAGACACACACCCCAACACACCUACACACUAUCACAGGACCCCUAACACACAUACACACUAAGACACACACCCUAACACACCUACACACUAACACAGGACCCCUAACACACAUACACACUAAGACACACACCCUAACCCACUACACAAUAAGACAGGACCCCUAACACACCUGCAGUAUACUAGUCCAGAUCACAACUCCUUUGAAACCUGUACUGGUCCUGUCUAUACAUUACG